AUGGAUCCUAAUUUUACUAAUGAAGUUCAUAAUUCAGCACGAAAAUAUUAUCGUCUUGCAUGUCUUCGAGGAAAGACACUUGAACCGUAUGCAACUCAAAACGCGAUCUUGACACUUGUUACUCCAACCAAAGAUAAAGAAGUAGUCAUUUAUUUAUCAAAAGAACAACACUGUUAUUGCCCAAUUUACAAAUUUACCAGUGUUGAUGGAUUAUAUGUGGCACAUGUUGGUCAAAUUCAAAAAGAGUUAACUGGCGUAAAACGAUUUUAUUCUUUCUUAAGACAUACAGUAAAAUUGGAUUCUAGUGAAAAUCAUUUACCAAACAUAGUGGCAUUGAAAGCGGUAGCUCAUAAAGUUGAAUUGAAUUAUGUUGAUCCGUUAAAGGAAUUUCUUUAUGUUGUUUAUGAUAAAGAAAAUGAAGAAUUCACGGAAAUUUUUGUAGAAACAGAACAUGUUCCAGAAACAUCCGAAGAACCUACAUUUGAAGACGUCAUGACUUUAUGGAUUGCAGUUAUGAUUUGGUGUGCACGACUGUUAACGAGUCUAGAAGACCCGCGAGUACGACUACGGCGUGCUGCCUGUGAAGGCAACCUUCAUCUUAUUAAACGGCUGAUUGCAAAAACUAACAUGCAAAACCCCGACCCAGUGAAUGGCUGGACUACUUUAAUGUAUGCUACUCGUUAUGGCCAUGAUCGCGUUGUGGAAUACCUUCUCAAAAACGGCCACGAAGAGGUUGAGCUCUCUAGAGAUUUUGAUAACAAUACAAUAUUGAUGGUUGCUUCGCAAUACAAUUUCGUAGAAAUAAUGAAACUCUAUAUAACGUCUUUUCCGAAUAGUGUUAAUAUGGUCAAUAAACAAGGGCAGACAGCAUUAAUUUAUGCAGCGAAAUACGGCAACCUUGAACCUAUUAAACUAAUACUUGAACACGAAGCUGAUAUUAAUCAAACUGAUCUCGAAGGGAACACAGCGCUGCAUUAUGCGGCUGCUUGGGAACGAUUCGAUGCUGUUACUGUAUUAAUUGAAAGGGGGUGUCAAUUUGCUGUUAAAAACCAUUCUGGUUGGACAGCAUUGGAUUAUUCAUAUUCAAUGGAAUUAAAAACGCAUUUACAAGAAUGUGCACUUUCGUAUCAUGAAGAAAGCAAAAUUAUUAGACGGCGCCAUCAUCUUAAAAUUAAUGUAGAUUCAUUGAUAUCGAUUGAUUCAAUGCCAACUACUGUUCGUUCAGCUACAUAUCCACCAGGAAGACCAACUGGUGAAUUAUUUGAUGGCACACCUAACGAGUCUUAUUCCAAUGAAAAUUUAUCACCGAAUGUUAUUAAUCCAGUCAAGCGCAAAGAAUCUUUACCAUGGUGA